AUGCCUCGCGCACAGCAAAAGAGAGGCCGUCGGGCUGAGAAGAAGGCCCAGACGGAAGGUGAACCCAAGCGCAAGUUCGACGACGCCCCCGAAGAACCCGUCGCAAAGCGCAUGAAGUCCUCCGAGGAUACCGACGCCAACGUUACGUACGAUCACGCCGCGGACUAUGUUCCCCUUGACGCGGACUAUGUUCCCCUUGAUGUUGAGGUCCAGCCAUAUGGCGAACAGGAGGAAGGGGAACAGAGGGGCAUCGACGACAAUGGUGACAUGCCUUUCUUCGGUCUGCUCGACACCGACGAACAAGAGUACUUCUCGCGCGCUGGCGAGAUGCUCGAAGCGAAUGAAUUCGAAGACGCCGAGCAGAAGCACUUAUUCAUUGAGAGUGUAUACCGGGAGGCCAAUGGCAAGGAAUUGAAAAUUGCUUGUAGUCAGGGUUGCUCAAGACUCAUGGAAAAGUUGAUUUCGAUGUCAGACGUCCGACAAAUCCGCCGGAUCUUCAGCAAGUUCAUUGGUCAUUUCCUUCACCUUGUCCAACAUCGUUUCGCCAGCCAUUGCUGCGAGACACUUUUCAUCAAUGCGGCUCCAGCGGUUAUGCAGAAGACAUCGAAGGCACAGGCGAAGAAGGACGAGGAGGAUGGAGAGGAGGAACCAGAGUUGUCACUGGCGGAGAUGUUUAUGAGCGUUAUCAAGGAGUUGGAAGGGAACUGGGGUUUCCUUCUGACGGAGCGUUUUGCGUCUCACACAAUUCGAGUCCUUCUCUUGGUUCUCGCUGGAGAGCCAGUUGAUGUUGAGUCAAACGAUUCUAUUGUUGCUAGUCGUGCUAAGGAGAGAUUGAAGCUCUCGACAGCGAACACUCAAAGUGAGAACGCAGAGGACAAGGAGAGCACCGUGGUCAAGAAGCGAAGCGUUCCUGAAUCAUUUGAGCCUGCGCUAAAGAAGAUCAUGAAUGAUAUGGUUUCAGGUCUCGACGAUGUCUACCUGCGCGCUUUGGCCACUCACCCUGUUGGAAACCCAGUUCUCCAGGUCAUGCUGACUCUUGAGCUCUCCCACUUCGGAAAAUCGAGCGCUAAAGAUCCCAAAUCUAUUCUGCGGAGAUUGCUCCCCGAUGAGAAUGUCGAGGAGGGUACCGAAAGUGCAAACUUCAUCCGCGGCUUGCUUUAUGAUCCCGUUGGUUCUCGUCUUGUGGAGACCAUGGUGCGCCACAUGCCCGGUAAGGUUUUCAAAAAUCUUUACAAGAACAAUCUUCGUGAGCGCAUUGGUUCUCUUGCCCGGAAUCAAACGGCCGGUUAUGUUGUUUUGAAGACGCUAGAGCGACUCGGAAAGGACGACUUGAAGGAUGCGAUGGACCUUAUCAUCCCUGAAGUCCCGGGCCUGAUUGAGAGAUUCAGACUUAUCGUUCCUCGGACAUUGGUCGAGCGAUGCGUCAUUCGUAACGUUGACACAAAGCCUUUCGCCAAGGCACUCAAAGACGCCUUUGACCAAGACCCUGCCGCUCGUCUUCGCCAGAUGCUCCGACUCGACGUGACCCCCGAAGAAGUUCCCCAAUGCAACGAAGACCAGGAGAUGCAAGAUGCAGGCUACGAGGGCCACAACGAGCACAAGAAAAAACCCACAUCUACCCAUUCAUCAGAGAAGCUUCAUGGCUCUCUGUUCGCACAGACACUACUCUCUGUCCCAGGCCCACUGAGCGAUCUCGUCUUCAGCGGCCUGCUUGCUCUACCAUCCGAGACAAUUAUUCAACUCGCACAAGAAUCCACAUCCUCUCGUGUCCUGCAACAGGCAUUGAAAUCUAAAACUUCCACCACCCAAUUCCGACGACAGUUUGUUCCUCGGUUCCAAGGUCAUUUGGCUGAACUUGCUCAAAACACCAGUGGAUCUCAUGUGGUAGAUUCUCUGUGGGAUGCCACCAAGGACAUCUUCUUCGUAAAGGAGAGAAUGGCACAGGAACUUGUCGCCAACGAGAUGAUUCUGCGUGACUCGUUUAUCGGCCGUGCUGUGUGGCGCAACUGGUCAAUGGACCUGUACAAGCGUCGCCGGGGUGAAUGGGUUGGCCGGGCCAAGGGCCUUGACCAACAGCCUUCUUGGACCGAGGGUCAGGGAGAGCGACCGAAGUCGAAAAUUGAGUUGGCACGCGAGCGAUACGCUGUGCAGCAGGGCAUUCAAGACGUUAGAAAGGCUGCUACUGAUGAACAGGCUGCGGCUGCUGAAAAAUAA